AUGGCAGCUCUAGGCUUAGACCUGAACCAGCAAGACCUUAUAGCCAACGGCUGGGACGACAUUGCGACCUCAAUCCACGGGGAGCAGAUGAGAGUGGAGGCAGACGGACGCAAACCUCUUCAAUUCGUCUAUCUUCGGACCGAGCCCGACAAAGGCAAAGUGCGCAAGGGCAAGUCCCAAACAGCCACGACAAACAUCACUUACGACCCGGUCGAAGACCGCCCCGCGGGCAUGACUAUCACCAAACUUCCAGACCCAAGAGAGCUCGUCGAGGGUGACGAAACGUACCGAUACCUCGAAGUAGGCAUCAUCAUCGGCAAUCAGCCUGACAAGUACACCCCCACAGGCCAGCCUCGUGACAAGAAAAGAGAGAGCGAUAGGGCUGCCAGGGGUCCCUUGCGCCGUGAUCCGACUGCAAUGCGUGUGUUCAUACCAGAGACGGAGUCAGUUGCUCCUCAAGCGAGGUUCUACGUCGGCGUCAGGCCCGUCAAUGGACACCUGCUCCCACGUGUCAUCCCCAACACGAACAUCUUCUUCUAUCAGGAAUUCCGACACGGCUUCACCGCGAAGAUGACCCUCAGGGAACAGAAAAGGGUCGUUCUCACGAGGAUUCGGGAGCAGGCGGCUAGGGACAAGACAGGAGCAGCUGUCAACGAUGACAUGGGGGCCGAUGACGACGACUCAGAACUACAGCCCUCGAAGGAAGGUCAACCCGGUCCAAACUUCGGUCAUACCCUCCAGAGCUUCUGUAACUACGAUGAAAACUUCUCCAAGGAGGAAGCGAUGCACUUGGUGGAGGCAUUCGGGCUUGCUGAUUCUACGGACGACAAGAACGCGAUGCUCAGAGUGCUCGCUAUCCACGAUGAGAUAUGUGCCAACGGCUUGGGCUACCUGAUUCCAUACAAGUCCGCCAGAUUCUUCAUCAGAACUUGCAUCAGGAUGCUCCCAAUCGACCGGGUUGAAAGCGACACCCUUCCAGCUAUUCAACUCGCACUGGGAGUGCUUGCGGACUUCAACAAGGAGAACGCCAAUCGUUAG